AUGGCACACGGCCCGCCGUCUCUGGGCGGACACGCACAGGCCGCUGACGGAGGGAUGGGCCCUGACGGCUUCGCCGCGGUUGGGCUCGUCGGAUGCGCGGGUCCUCGCGUGCUGGUGCGCGACCCCACUGAGCCGCUGCACGCGUCUUCACUUUGUUUGCCCUCCACAGUCCUCGCCGGCGCGCCGCCGCACGCGGAGGCGCAACAGCUCUGCGUCUUGCCAGUCGGCGUGCAGCCUCCGACGGCUGCCCUCCCUCUGACUGCACAUCUCUCCGCUCUCCCUGCCGAGACGGUUCCUCCUCCUCCUUCGCCGGCCCUGCCCUUUGCGCUCGACCCAGUCUCUGCUUUAUCGCCCCCCCAGUUUCCUGCCCAUUUCCCAGGCUCGCCUGCCUCCUCUUCCUUCUACUCUUGCUCGUCUGCUGCAACUGCCUCUUCUUUCUGCGCCAGCGCCGAGCCCGCUGCGCCCAUGGCGUUCCUGCCCGCGCAGGCCGCGAAUGUAUGUACACCCGACCCGGGUGUAUGUACAUCCGCGCCCCCAGCCGUCUGUGCACCUGGACCCGCAGGAGUAUGUACACCUGCGCCGGCGGCCGUGGCGGGCCCACGUGUGUGCGGGACAGGCGGGUUGCUCCCGCUCGUUCCGCAAGUGGCGGCAUCGCUGGGCUCAGUUUCAGCUACAUCGGCCUUGCGCCAUCCUUCGUGUGCGCCGCCUCCCUUUUUCGUGUUCGCUCCGGAGAAAGACGUGCUUCCCGCGGCGCUGCCGUCGUCAGCAGCCGCGCCAGUUCAGUAUCCAGUUCCUGCUGCUACGCACCCGCCCUGCGCGUCUGCUGCGCACGCCGCAGAGCCCUUCGUGCCUCAGCCGACCGCGUCGUUUCUCGGCGAAUUCACGUCGCCGUCUCUUGCCACAGAGCACGCGGUGCGCGCGGCACGCGGGAGGGAAGGGAGCAGCAGCGCAGCGUUCGCGAACCCCGCUUCUCCCGACGUGGCGUUCUCGGGCGCUGCCGGGGAGCUGCUACCGGCCGCGCAAAGUCCGCCUGACAGCGCGCACGCGUUCGAACGGGAGAGCGACGUCGAGCAGCAGGAUGCAUGCACAGCCGGCGCGCUCGCCUCGAGCGCGCCCCGGCCGCGGCUGCUAGGCCACACAGUCACGACUUUUCCGCUCUUGAAGAAGCAGCGCGUCUUCUCCAGCGACCCGCCGGGGUCGCCCUCGCUGGCAGGGGUGCGGGCGAGCGAGGAUUUCCAGAGUUCCGCGCAGAGGAAGCUCGGAAGCGUGGCGCGGAAAGUUCACCGUCGCGUCUUCCUCGUCGGAGGCACAGAACCGCCUGACAAAGUGCUGGACGCCGCGGCCAGCCGCAUGCGCGCGGGGGCAGGCCCUGAGGUCUACCUCCAGCUCAUGGAAGAAGCUGCCCAGUCGCUGGCUCUCUCGCCCGACAUCUUCAUCGGCUUCUCGCCGUCGGAUGCGGCUGCAGCGACCGCCGCCGCACUCGAGUCCCGCCACGCUGCCUGUGCGUACGCCUCUCUAGCCUGCUCGGCGCCCUUGCCAGCUGGUCGACUGCAUACGCCCGCGCCGGCCUUGGGCAGCUUCCUCCGUCGAGAGCACUUGCGCCUCUCCCGGCUGCCUCCGCACGCCUGGCUGUGGAGACGGCUGUCUCCUCUCGCGCCGCGUGCGGCCUCCGCGACAUCGCCGGCGGCCGCCGAAGCGCGGCGGGGGCGAGCUCGCGCAGAUGCGGGAGCCUCCGAGCCUGCACGCCCUGCGUCGCCGACGGAUGUAGAGAGCUCGGGCGUGGCGGAGACGGAGGCCGUAAAGACGGCCGAGGACCCGUCCCCAAGCAGCCGAUUUUUCCACGCGUGCGCCGGUGUCACCGUCGGCGAGGAAGCCGCGGCGCUCGCCCUCUUCGGCGGCCGCGAGCAGAACGGGCGGCUCGCGGACAACCAGCUGUAUUUGCUUGACGUUACGGCGCUCUUGUCGCCGGCCGUCGCGCCGGCGUGUGUGUUGCCUGGAGCCUCCGCGUCGCGUCGGGCCUCGGAUUCGCCUCUCUCUCCCUCUUCGUCGUCGACUUCGAGUUCGCUCAAUCUUUCGGCCGCCGCGUCUGGGCCUCCACUAUCCGCUGGAGACCUCCGCUGGACGGCUCCGGGGUUCUCGGGUCCGCUGCCUGCGCCGCGCUUUGGUCACUCGCUCGUCUACUCUGAGCCGCACCUGAUUCUCUUUGGAGGCGUCGGAGGCGGGGGUCGCCUGCUGGCAGACACGUGGAUCGUUGAUCUUCUGUCUGCGUGCGGGCCUGCGGUGUCGGACGCAGCGUCUUCUUUGAGUGCUGCGUUCCCGCGUCCGCUGGUUUGGGUGAUGCUCGAUUUUUCCUCCUCGCUCGCCUUCCGGUCGCCGGCGCCCGCGCUACAGCCGCUACCGCGGUGCUUCCAUUCUGCGACGUGCUUGGCGCUCUCUGCAGCCAAGCCUGGCGAAGAGGACUUCGCCCUCCCCAGGAGCGGGAAGCGAGACGCCGACGACGGCGCCGAGCAGGAAGCGAGAGCUAUGUUGUUUUGGCAGGUGGUCGCUGGAGGCUUCACGCGGUGCAUCCUCCCCCGCCCCCGGAUUUACCUUCUGCGGAGCAACAACGACCGAACGCACUGGAACUGGACAAUUGCUCCGGUUCGCGUGAAGAGCUUUUUGGACCAGCGUUUUCUCCAUGCGGCCGUCGCCGUGGAGUCGACGCUCUUCUUGCUGGGCGGCGUGCGUGCGGCUGAUCGAGACAACUCGCUGGCGUCUCUGGUGACGUACAGCACGCUGAGUCGGCGCUCGUUGGCCUUCCCUCACGUCCUGCUCUCUGCGCAUGCAGGCGCUCAGGCGCAGCAGCUUCCGGCCGGCACGUUCGGCAUGCAAGCCUGGGAAGUCGCAGGCGAAAUUUUCGCGAUCGGUGGCCUGCGCGCGGGGGCCGCCUCAGGGGAAACAGAUGCGGAGGACGUGAACAUGGAGGACGGCGAGCUUUCGUUUUCGUUCGGCGCCGUCGACCAGGAGGACGCAGACGAGGCUGCGGCCUAUGGAGGCAUCAGCUCGCGCAAGAGACGCAGAAAACCGCCCCUCGUCAUUCGCCUCGACGCCUGCGAUUACCUGUCGUCAUACGAAGCGGAUUUGCAGCGGCUGCAGCGGCUGCGGCUGCUGCACGCGGAGGCGGGGGGCGUCUCCGCGGUGCCCGAGCCCUACGAGGUGUCUCCGUGCGAGUCCACCGACGGCGACGACGACCCCGAGGCCGACGACGAAGACAUCUCUUCAGCGUGGGAUGUUUACAGAGAAGACGACAACACUGACGAGGAAGACAGCGCGACGCAUCCCCGCGCGCACGCUUUCCCGGGUCAGCACUCAGAUGAUCCCGGGGGUCACGGGGCCCGCGGCCUUUUCAGCGUGGACGAGGAGAAAGAGAUGCACGCGGAACUUGCUGCGUUUUCCACGCUGUCGCCGCCGCACGCUGGCGGCUUGAGGACGAAGACGGCCUCCGUCGGGGCGAGCGUCGGUGACAGCUCGCCCGUCUCCUCCGCGUCGCAGGCGUCCUCCUCGCCCUCGUCGCCGUCCCCCUCCGCCGACGGCAGCCUCGGCGGUGGCGCAGGCGCGUUCGCCGCAGGUGGCGCGCCGCUUCCGUCCCUUCGGGGGCCUAAAGACAGACACGCUAGCGCAGAGGCCUGCAGCCCCCCAGGCGCGCGGAAGCGGAGCAGAGGAGGCAUGCUGCACCCGGGCGCCGCGGCCUCGCUGACGACCUUGCAGCAAGCCGCCGCAGACAGAGAGGCCACAAACAGCCACUUAGACGAGCGUGCGUUCUGCGUGACGCCAGACCGACGGCGCCAAUCGGCCCCGCGGAGGUCGCCCGAGGCGCCGAGGGCAGCUGCGGCUGCAGGAGAAGCCGGGCGCGCAGCGAGAGGGAGCCCGUCGUCGGCCUCGUCGUGCGGGACGCCUUCCUCGCGGUCGGCGUCCUGUCCGUCCUCGGUGGCAGCUCACUCUGCGUGCCCUGGAUCGUCGGCGUCUGUCUGUGUCGCGCGCGCGCCUCCGCUACGGGAUGGCGCAGAGGUCUCCUCGCUGCGGAGCCCCGGCGGCGGCGCUGCGGCUUCCACGCGGUCGCUCGCUUCGAAAGUCUACGGAAGUGCUGCGAGCCCGUCCGCGACGCGAGAGGUGUCGUGGAGUUCGGUCAACGAAAAGAAUGCAAACGCGUUCAGCGACCAGGUUGCGGCCGUCGCAUUUGUGCCUCCGCCGCCUCGCCCCGCGCGCCCGAGGCGCGCAGCCGCUCAGCAGGCGCUCGAGUCCUUCCGGGCUCUGCCGGAGCGUCCGGAGAGGCGCGACCGCGCCGCGGACGGGGUCGACCCGCCCGCAGCCCUAGCGGCCGGCGUCCGAGACAGGCGACCGCCUGCGGACGCCGCCAAGCCCGAGCGGCAGCCGGGCGAGGACCUGCCGUGUCGAGUCGAGCAGCAGGAACUUGAGCAGCUGCCGAAGAAAUCGAGGCUACAGAGUGAAGGCGCAGGACGUGGCUGA